CCGAUUAUUGGUGAGUAAGCGCUUGACGACACAGAGUAAACAGCAUGGAGGUCAAAAAAUAGGAAAUAAAACAAAAUAAAUUUGGUCGUUUGUAUUUUACUUAUUUAAUAAGUCAUGGCGUGUAUACUUAAAAACUGGAGGGAAGCAGCUACACUUUUAUUAGUUGCAAAGACGCGAAAUCCUGUGGUGACACGCGUGCAGACGUGCAAUUUUCAGAUUUUAAUGUUAAAAAGAAGUGGAAAAUCCAAAUUCAUGCCAAAGCUUCAUGUUUUCCCGGGCGGUAUCGCAGACGACUCAGACUUUGCAUCAGAAUGGAUGGACAUUUUUAAUAAAUUGGGUGAAAAUGGCGUUAGCAGCCUAAAAUCAUUCCUGUGUCGUGGGGGACCCGGGGCCUUUAUGUUUAGUCGUCGGAGACCUGAGGAGUUCUCAAAAAUCCCCAGUGAACUUGCUUUUCGUAUAUGUGCAAUUAGAGAAACUUUCGAGGAGUCAGGUAUUUUGCUGGCUAGAGACGUAAAUAGAACGAAAAAUGAGCCGCAGAUUAUGCAGCCUGUCUCAGGAAGAUCGUCUGUUUUGUCCGAUUCCGUCUUGAAAUCUUGGAGAGAAAAAGUAGACGCAGAUUCUUCUCAGUUUAUUGUAAUGUGCAAAGAGCUAGGAAUUGUGCCAGAUGUCUGGUCCUUAUAUGAAUGGUCAAACUGGCUGACACCUGUGUUACCAGGCAGUGGUCGAAGAUAUGAUACGGCUUUCUUUACUUGUGUCUUGGAUUAUAUACCUAAUGCUGUCCACUGUGAAAAAGAGAUGACAGAAUUAGAGUGGGCUUCAGCAAGUGAAUUUCUGCUGAAACACGAUGAAUCAAAAAGUGAUUUUAAACUGGCUCCACCACAAAUUUUAGAGUUGAGUCGUAUUCUUCAUUUUGUUGAUGCAGAGAAGUUGAGGUCGUUCUCAUGGGAAAGAUCGGCGACAAGAGCACACAGAUUUUUCCCUGUGACCUGCAGGUGUGAUGAUGGGCUGUUGUUUUUAUAUCCUGGUGAUGAUCUUUACCCUGAGGUGCCAGAUUUUGAAGGUGAAAAUGAUUUCAUGACAGUUUCUGCCAAAAUCGAAGAGCUUCGAAUAAAGCAUCCAAAUAUGAAUCGGUCAGAGAUAUUUUUGAACAUGUCAGGAGACAAACUGGGGAACUUGAAGUGCAAUGUACAGAUGUCUGAUGGACAAGUGGCUCCAUUGAUGGACUUGGCAAACGAGAUAGCACCUCAUGCGAGUCUGUAAUUUUAGAUUUUGUGCAUUUCCCUACAUGUAUAUAAGCCUUACUGUGGGAAUAUGGUGUUUAAUGAAUGUGCACAGUGUUGCCCCUGAUAAGCCUGUGCAGUCUGCACUUGCUAAUCAGGGAUGACUCUUAUUUCAAACUGGAUUUUUGAUUAGAUGACAUACUUUAAACAGGAAAAACAAUAAAAGCAUAAAGUAUCGCCACAGAUAAACCUGUGCACAGGCUAAUCUUGGACAAGGCUCUGCACAUGCCAUUUAACCGAGGUUUCCCUUGACGAGGUUAAAAUGUUUUAAUUACGGCAUAGCAACUAAUGUUGUUAAGGCACAGCACAGCAAGUUGUUGUUCACAAUAAACAAUUCCUAUUUAUUAGUUUAAGUUUGUGUAUACCAGUGGUGUUCUUGCAGGGCUUUUUUCCUUUUUGUGAAAACGGCUGUUUUUUUCCACAAAUUUCGGAAUUUCACGACUCAAUUUUUAACAAUUUCAAGAAGUUCUUGACUCAAAUUUUCACAAUGUUAGAAAGUUUGCGCAUCAUUUUUCACAAUUUUGUGACUUAUUUUUUUCACAAUUUUGAACAGUUUGCAACUCAUUUUUUCACAAAAUAGGGAGGGAGGGGGGGCCAAGGCUGCUUCAUAAAAACAGGAAAAAAAGCCCUGUCUGGUGAGUUCAGGUUUUCAAUCAAAGUUUCAAAUACAUACAACAAUGUUCAGAUGUUUGAUUUUUGUAAUUGUAUCAUUAUUUUAUGGUACCCAUUUACCAAAGUGAUGUGUGGAUUAGAGAAACGUAUUCUCAAUGCAUGACAAAUAUUUGUUUUCAUUUAGAAAAUAUUUGAUAAGUAAUUAUCAUGAUCAUACUAUUAUUAUAAUAGCUGUGUUAAAUGUGAAUGACUGGUAUUUUGAUUCGAAUGUUGAUAUGAUUAUAACUAUGAAUACAAAUAUGAUUAGUUAUGAAUAUUUCUUUAGUAUUAAACUGUUUUUAUUUUA